AUGGCGCCCCGGCCAGCAGUGGAUGAGGGCGUGGUGAGAGGAAGCGUGACCAAUGAGCCACGGGGAGAGCGCGGCACGGGCACCUCCCUCGCCAAGUGUUUAACUUCAGCAGCUGAGUGCCCGGGGAUUAGGGGCUCCCAUUGUCCCAGUACACAGGCCGCCAUGUGCCCCUCCUUCCGAACCUGCAUGGAGGGGGUGGCAGUCAUCUCCCCGCUUCGCCUGCAGGUGCAGCUGCGGCUGGGACCGGACUCUGUCUCCUGCUGGCCUCCCGGGCGUCUCUGGGUCACCCGUUCUCCGGGGCGUGUCGUCGGGCAGCGGUGUCAGGCGUCCCCUGUCCCGCCGCAGCUGCAGCUCUCCCCCGUGGACCUGUUCGAGCUCCAUGCCGACCUGAAGAUCCAGGAGAGGGACGAGUUCGCCUGGAAGAAGCUGAAGGCCGAAGGCCUGGAUGAGGACGGGGAGAAGGAGGCGAAGCUCGUACGCAACCUCAACGGUACCCUGGCCAAGUACCGGCUGGACGGGAGGAAGGACGCCCGGGCGCCCAGCAGCAACUCCCUCACCGAGGGCCCCGAGCAGGACAGCCUGGAGGACCCCCGGCUGGAGAAGCUGUGGCACAAGGCGAAGACCUCUGGCAAGUUCUCCAGGGACGAGCUGGACAAGCUGUGGCGGGAGUUCCAGCACCACCAGUACAACGUCCUGCUGGAGACGCUGAGCAGGACGGAAGAGAUCCAGGAGAACGCCAUCAACCCCUCGGACAUGCGCCGCGCGCAGGAGGAGGUGCUGCACAGCCGGCACGCGGAGCUCAAGGACCGGCUGCGGCACAUCAGCCAGGGCUACGACCGGCUGCGGAAAGUCAGCCACCAGGGCUACGGCGCCGAGGCCGAGUUCGAGGAGCCGCGGGUGAUCGACCUGUGGGACCUGGCCCAGUCGGCCAACUUCUCUGAGAAGGAGCUGGAGGCCUUUCGGGAGGAGCUGAAGCAUUUCGAAGUGAAGAUUGAGAAGCACAACCACUACCAGAAGCAGCUGGAGAUUUCGCAUCAGAAACUGCGGCACGUGGAGCGGUUUGGUGACCAGGAGCACCUCAGCCGGAACAAGGAGCGCUACGCGCUGCUGGAGGAGAAGACCAAGGAGCUUGGCUACAAGGCGGGUGCCCGCCGCGCCCGGCUUCUCUGCACGGGGAGGGGUUCGUGGGGCCCCAGACACGCAGCAUGGCUCCUGUGGGGGACGGCGCUGCCCGAAGGGGCGGGCUUGGGGCAGGGCUGCCCAGCUCCCCGGCCCGCUCCAGGCCUGGGAGGCUACGUCCUGGCGUGGCUGCGCUCGGGGUGGCGUCUGCGUGAGCCGGACCUGGGACCGGGGACAGCAUGGCCGUGACCAGCAGAUGGUGGCCUCAGACGCCCCGCAGAGCCGCUGCCCCACGCCGAGCACUGAUUUGCCUGCUGGCUGAGAGGCCCUCGCCUACAGCGUCACAGCCGUGGGACCCCCAAACCUGCCACGGGACCCCCUAAACCUGCCAUGGAAACCCCCGAACCUGCCGCGGGAGCCCCGGAUCAGAGCCCCGUGCGAUGAUUGUAUUUAAUUUGUCCGUGACUGUCGCUCGCUGUCCGUUUCUCUCACUGUGUCCUUGCCGCUCCACCUCAGCUCACGGUGGCUCCAGGCACUGCCAGGCGGAAGGUCCCCCUUCCAUCCCCACACCCCACGCCCCGUCUUCCCUGAUGCAUCAGAGGAAGGAAGGGCAGCUGGGCACGAUUCUCGCCCCUGCGGGCACCCGCGGGAAGAGCCUCCAGGUGGUGUAAGGGGCACCUUCCCAGGUUGGCCCCUGGAAGAGGCUCGGCCGUCAGGCACUCACCCCUUAUUGGAAGGAACCCCGGGCAGCAUGCUAGUGUUCGUGGGUUUGGGGUGCCGGGAGGGGCCCCGCAGCCACUGGGUCCCUGGCAGGGCAGCCUCCCUGCUGGGCCUCCACACCGUGUGUGCCCUGGCUGGCAGCUGGUGUGUCCCUCCUGGCCACUGCCAGGCCUCGGCAGCGCUGGGGCUGCCCUCUGAGGCACAGUGCCAGGGGCCCAGAGCCAUGCCCUUUGCCUGGCCAGCCCUCAUGGGGUUCACGUCACGGUGGGGUCAGAGGCCUGGGACGUGGAGGUGAGCAGAGGAAACGUGGGACUCAGUUUACCUGAGUUGUUGACAACCUGGCCUUCAGACCAUGCGGUUAGGGGCUCCUGCCCCUGGAGAUCGCCGAGGUGGGAGUGAGGGGCUGUCACGGGUGCACAGACCGCCUCCGGCGCAUGCGCUGUCCCGGGGAGCGUGGGGCCCACCCCCGACCCCCAACCUCCUAUAGCUAGGUGCUUGGCUUGUGACCCCCAAGUUCAGAUACUAAACCCAGCCCCCAGGGUGUGGGAUUUGUAGGUGGGCCCUGGGGGGUGAUUGGGUCCGAGGGUGGGGCCCCCCCACGUGGGGUGAGUGCCUAUUCCUGCCCAGUGAGGUGGCAGCUCUCCAGACACCAGUCCCUCUGCUCCCUGGUCUUGGACUUCCCGCCUCUGGCACAGAAAUAAAGGGGGUUUAUUUACC